ACAAUUUACCCUAUUUGGCUGCAGCUAUAGACGCGGCUUUUAUGAUUGUUUCCGAAAUGGAUUUGACAGGGCAACAACGUUUCGUGUAGCCCAAACAAUACCGUUUUACACCUAGAAUUUUCAGCUCCAAAAGGAUUAUGAAGCCAGCUACUGUUUCCUCUCAGAGGAAACGUCACUAUGAACCACGGAGUUCAUCGCAGUCUCGGCCGAGGAAGCUUGCGACCCUCAGCCGCCUGGCAGAUGCGAAUGAUAAUGCGGUCAUUUUUAGAAAUGGAAAACCCGUUUUGCCUGAAAUCCAAAAAUACGACUUUUCGAAAGAUCCGUGGAAAAACAGUCCUAUGAUGACACACAGUCGUGUGAAGGAGAAUCACAAAACCCUCUUGAAGUUUUACAACUGUGAGGCAUUGAAAAGCGCCAAGCAAGAGAAAUUUUUGUUUAUGACGAAGAAAAUCGAGGAAAAGGACAGGGAGCCUCCAAUUCGUGAAGAGUUCAGGCCAUCGGAGGACCAUUGCCUCAAGAUGAACUACUUAGCCCUGAAGAACUUUGUCCUGCAAACCCCGGUGGGUUUCAUGGAUCAGAAAUGGAAGGACCGGAUCCUGCAGCUGAUCCCGGAAAAGCUACGGGUGGGACCGGUUCAGGAACAGAAGCUUGUCGAGCUUUUUGAGGAGCUGAGAGAGUCGUUUACGGCCAGCAUACAGAUGUCCAAUAUCCAGCACAUCUUGAUAAAACCGGAGGUCGCUGGUUUAGAGAAGGAAAAAGCCGGACCCCCGCCCAGCGAGCCAGUGGGUCUGAACUUCCAGCGUCCGUGGCGCCAGGCGUUCCUGGAGCGGCGCUGUGUCGUGCUGAAGAACCUGCACAUCCUGAACCCCACCCACCUGGCUGUGCUCAAGUUUUGCCAGGAGACGAUCGGAUCCCUUCUAUUGUUGGACGUCUCUAAAUAUAGGUCCUUGGGAGAUAUGACUUUUGAGACAUACAAAAGCUGCAUCGACAGGGACCUCAAGGAAGUGGAAGAAAAACUCAUGAAAAGCUGGUAUCCCAAGCUUCUUUGCAUCUUCACGAACGAGAAAGGUCCGUCGGAGGAGAAGUAUGACUCAUUUUACCGCAGUACGUCCACCCUGAUUGGCAUACAGGGAAUGCAAGAAAGUUUUUCAUGCAGUUGCGAGCUCCAUAAAACCUUACUAAAACUAACUGAUUGUCCAAAGGUCAAGGACCUUCUGAUCCGCAACAUGCACCAGUACGCGAGGCUGUUUGAGCCAGAGAACCACCUCCUGCUGCCCAGCUUGACCAUGGGCGCGACGCUAGACGGUCGUCAGAUGAAGUUUGUCCGCCCAGUGGAGGAGCUCAUUGACACAAUCCUCUACUUCAUCGCCCGCCUCAGGACCUCCAUGCAGAAGUGCCAGACAGUGCAGAACUGGAUGGAGGCGGCUGACGUCAUGAUAUUCACCGACACGUCAGUGGCCCAGUACUUCACCGACAGCAUCUGUGCCAAGAUCAGGGAAAACAUCCUCCGAUUGUUCAAGAACGCUCAAAACGUGCUGGAUGACUACGUUGAACAUUACGGCCAUCUGGUGAAUGGAGAGACACAGGGUGCCAUUGAGGAAUACCUGACGUACGAACACACUUUCAUGGACCAUAAGCAGAAUCAUCAAGAAAUUUGAGUACGUGAAGCACAAGGCUCUGAGCCAGCCCAAGACCAGCGAGGAACUCAUCACUCAGAUGCAGUUUAUGGAGAAGGCCCGGACCUCCGUCAUGGUCAAACUACGCCAGCACGUACAAGAGUGUGCGGCCCGCGUGGUCUACCUCAUCGACAGGUAUUUCUUCAGCCCGGAGGACAUGGAGAACAACUCACAGGUCCUCACCUGGCCGGAGAGAAUCAACCCCAUCUUUGAUCAAAAUGACUUGUUGAUGGAGGAGGCGAAGCGAGACGGAGAGAUGAAGGUGAUCGAGGCGCGGAACCAGGUCACAGCUGAGCUGGAACGACUGAAGAAACGUCUGGACGAAUUCAACGAUUACGGAGAGCUGAACAUGAUGCAACAGUAUGUGCAGGAUACGAGGGCCGUACAGAGGAGGCUGUCUGAUGUCAAGGAACAGAUUGAGUGGAUCCACAAAGAGGAAGUGCUGUACAAGUUCCCGAGCACGGAGUACCCAGACUGGGAAGUGACGGCAGUGGCGCUAGAACCAUUCAUGAAGUUCUUCAACACCGUGCUCAGGUGGCAGAGAUGUGAGAAGAAAGCUAUGGAUGGCGACUUCAUGAACCAGGACGUGGAGGCCAUUGCCAGUGAGGUGGACGAGUACGGCAGAGAUUUCUUCAAGACACAGAAAGUUUUCCAGCUGAGGCUCAAGAAGAUGCAAAUGGACUGGGAUGAGAAAGACCGUGAGAUCAAGAAACAGAUCCGCCAGGACUUGCAGUCAGGGAAAGAGCCCACCGUACAGGAACUGGCGCCGUUCAAAGUGCCGGAGAUUAUGACGGUCAUCAACCACCAGAUUGACUCGGUCGCCGACUUCAAGGAAGUGAUCCCCACCAUUGGCAUCAUGUGUAACCCGGGGCUCAGAAAGCGACACUGGGACGGCAUGUCCAAACUCGCCGGCUUUGACCUCACGCCUGACGCCGGAACGACGCUGCGCAAAGUUCUCAAACUGCACCUGGACGAGUACAUGGAGAAAUUUGAGGCCAUUUCCGUGUCGGCAACAAAGGAAUACUCCCUGGAAAAAGCCUUCCACAAGAUGGAGGCUGAGUGGGCUGAUGUGGUGUUCACUCUCAACUCCCACAGAGACACGGAUAUCUGUGUGCUUGGAUCCGUGGAUGACAUCCAGACGCUGCUGGACGACCACAUCGUGAAGACCCAGACCAUGAGGAACUCGCCGUUUGUCAAACCCUUUGAGGAGGCCAUCAAGCACUGGGAGGAUCAGCUUCUCCUCACCCAAUCAGCCAUCGAUGAGUGGCUCAAGAUGCAGGCCCAGUGGAUGUACCUACAGCCCAUCUUCUCCUCCGAGGACAUCAACCACCAGAUGCCAGAGGAGGGCAAACUUUUCGCCAUGGUCGACCGAAACUUCAAGGACGUCAUGUCCAAGUGCGCCAAAAACCCUUACGUGCUGGAGGCGUGUAGCGUGCCCGGUGUGUUGGACAAACUGAUUGACAGCAACGUGCUGCUGGAGAAGAUCAACAAAGGGCUCAACGCAUACCUGGAGAAAAAGAGGCUGUACUUUCCCAGGAUCUGGUGAUUCACGGAAUGUUUAGCAGCGAGGGCGAGUCUGUGGCGUUUUCCGACACCAUCGACACAGUGGAGGCUAAAGGGUCGGUGGAGAAAUGGCUGCUGCAAGUACAGGAUAUCAUGCUUAUGUCUAUGAGGGACGUCAUUGAGGAGUCCGUGGAGACCCUAGAAGAACAGAUGAAGGACAUCGUUGCCCUGGUCCGCGGCAAACUGACCACCCAACAACGCAUCACGCUCGGAGCUCUGGUGGUCAUUGACGUGCACGCGCGAGAUGUCGUGCAAGAUAUGGCUCAGAAAGGCGUGUGUACAGAGAACGACUUCAACUGGCUGUCCCAGCUCCGCUACUACUGGGAAGACGCCAACUGUUGCGUGCGCAUCACCAACGCCACGGUCAAGUACGCCUACGAGUACCUGGGAAACUCCGGCCGCCUGGUCAUCACGCCGCUCACUGACCGCUGCUACCGGACACUGUUUUUCAAAGGUCUGGCCUCGUCAGGAGCAUGGGCCUGUUUCGACGAAUUUAAUCGGAUUGAUCUAGAGGUGCUCUCUGUGGUGGCUCAACAGAUCUUGUGCAUCAUCCGUGCGGUGCAAGGCAAGGUGGACUCAUUCAUAUUUGAGGGCACCGAGCUGAAGCUGAAUCCCAACUGCUACGUCUGUAUAACGAUGAACCCGGGCUAUGCAGGGAGGUCAGAGCUACCGGACAACCUCAAAGUUCUUUUCCGGACGGUCGCCAUGAUGGUCCUGCGAUCCAUCAUCGACGUAAACAUGCCCAAAUUCCUGGCCCACGACAUCCCGCUGUUUAACGGCAUCAUCUCUGACCUGUUCCCCGGCCUACAACUCCCCGAGGCCGACUACAAGGUCUUCCUGGAGGCCAUGGAGCGUGUGGCCGAGAGGAAAAACCUUCAGUUUGUCCCGUUCUUCUCUGAGAAGAUUAUCCAGACCUAUGAAAUGAUGCUGGUGCGACAUGGCUUCAUGCUAGUGGGUGAACCAUACGGUGGCAAGACCCAAGUCCUACAGACACUGGCCGAGGGCAUGACGCUGCUCCGUGAGGAACUCCACGAGGAGUACGAGGGCGUCAUUUACCGCAUCAUCAACCCCAAGUCCAUCACCAUGGGACAACUCUUUGGUCAGUUCGACGCCGUCUCUCACGAGUGGUCUGAUGGUGUGACAGCCAACACGUUCCGAGAGUUCGCCUCGUCCGAGAGCCCAGACAGGAAAUGGGUCAUCUUUGACGGUCCGAUCGACGCGGUGUGGAUUGAGAACAUGAACACGGUGCUGGACGAUAACAAGAAGCUGUGUCUCAUGUCAGGGGAGAUUAUACAGAUGACGCAUCUCAUGACCAUGGUGUUUGAGACUAUGGACCUCUCGCAGGCCUCGGGAGCAGUGAUGUUCUCUAUACCUUGGACCAUCGCUGGCUGCAUCGACAACGACGGGAGGAAAAAGUUCAACGAGUUUUACGCUGAGCUCCUGAAUGGCAAACACGACCAGCACCCCAUCCCAGACGCCAUCAAAAAGCUAGACGUGAUGUUCCCGCCAGAGAACACGGUCUAUGAUUAUUUCUAUGACCAAAAAGGGCGAGGCACCUGGCUGCCGUGGAACACGCUGAUCAAGGCAGAGGUCAACGAAGGUCACAAGCCCAACAUCCGGGAGAUGUUGGUGCCCACCGUGGACACAGCCCGCUACAGCUACAUGAUGGACUUGUGUAUCAAGUGUGCUAGCUUCUAUUCGUGGGUCCCACGGGCACGGGAAAGAGCGCGUAUGUGUCCAAAAAGAUGAUGCACGAGCUCCCACAGGAUGAGUACAUCGCUGUCAUCCUCACCUUCUCCGCUCAGAGCAGCGCCAACCAGACACAGGACAUAGUGAUGUCCAAGCUAGACCGACGUCGUAAAGGCGUGUACGGGCCGCGGCCAGGCCGGAAGUGCAUCAUUUUCGUGGACGACAUGAGCAUGCCCCAGAAGGAGGUCUAUGGUGCUCAGCCGCCACUUGAGUUGCUCCGGCAGUACCUGGAUACUGGACAUUGGUAUGACCUCAAGGACACGAGCAAACUGUUCCUGGUGGACAUCCAGUUCCUGGCCGCCAUGGCGCCGCCAGGAGGGGCACGUAACUCCGUCACUCCUCGCCUCAUGCGCCACUUCUCCAUCGUGUCCAUGAACCCUUUCAGUGACGACACCAUGUCCAAGAUCUUCACCACCAUCAUGAUCACACAUCUCAAGACUGUGGGUGCACGAGGUGUUCCGCGUGUUCUAUGACAGACUCACAGACGAUGCGGACCGCGCCUGGCUCUUUCAGUUGGUGUCAGGUCUCUGUAAGGACGUGAUGAAGUUCAAAGUGGAAGGACUGUUUAGUCACCUGUUGUCUGAGGGAGAGACGAAAGUAAGAGGAGACAAAGAUAAGAUAACUGAAAGUGACAGAACAGACAUUAUGAAACCUCAUGUUUGGCGACUAUAUGGAGCCCGACAAUAUCCUGCCGUCCCUCUUCGUUUCAUCUUAUUUCCUUCUUCUUUCCUUCUUCUUUCCUUCUUCUUUCCUUCUUUAACAGUUAAAAAACAAACAAACAAACACACAAACAAACCAACACAUGUACCCCACCAGGUGACAGAAGAGACAUUGCGAGACCUGAUGUUCGGAGACUACAUGGAGCCCGACAACCCCCCAGACAUGCGCACGUACCAGGAGAUCGGCUCACUGGAGGAGUUCAACACGGUGGUCAACGGAUGUCUGGACGAGUACAACCAGACACACAAGACCAGGAUGAACCUCGUCAUAUUCAGAUACGUGUUGGAGCACCUGUCUCGUAUCUGCCGCAUCCUGAGACAGCCCGGCGGCAAUGGUCUGUUGGUCGGGGUCGGGGGCAGCGGCAGACAGUCACUCACCCGACUCGCCGCCGCCAUGGCUGAAAACGUCCUGUUUCAGCCGGAGAUCACCAAGAACUAUGGGCUGGCCGACUGGAGGGAUGAUAUCAAGCGUGUCCUGAAGAUGGCGGGUGGCAAAGGCACCAAGAGCGUGUUCCUCAUCACGGACGCUCAGAUCAAGAGCGAGACGUUCCUGGAAGACAUCGACGCCCUCCUCAACUCUGGGGAAGUUCCGAACCUCUUCCAGUCCGACGAGAAGGCAGAAAUUAUGGAAGCUGUCCGUGUGCCGGCCGCCAUUGCCACAGGGGACAAGAACGCAGAGUUAAGUCCCCUGGCUCUGUUCGCCUUCUUCGUGAACCGCUGCCGGGCCAAUCUACACAUCAUCAUCGCCUUCAGCCCUAUCGGAGACGCCUUCAGGAACCGGCUACGGCAGUUCCCGUCUCUCAUCAACUGCUGCACCAUUGACUGGUUCCAGGCGUGGCCCGACGAUGCAUUGUCCCGUGUGGCGCACAAAUUCCUGGAGAACGCGGAGAUAGACGUGAACGAGAAGGAGUCGGUCGUUACCUUGUGCCGCUACUUUCACCAGAGUGUCAGAGAGUUCUCUGUCAGGUUCCUGGUGGAGCUCGGCCGACACAACUACGUGACCCCCACCUCGUACCUCGAGCUGAUCCACGCCUUCAAGAACCUGCUCCGGAGCAAACAGGACGAGACGAUGAAGGCCAAGAGGAGAUACGUGGUGGGCCUGGAGAAACUGGCCUUUGCCGCGUCACAGGUGGCCACCAUGCAGAGAGAGCUGGAGGAACUACAGCCCCAGCUGGUGGUAUCGGCCGCGGAGACGGACAAAAUGAUGGUGGUGAUCGAGUCCGAGUCUGCCAGUGUGGCCGAGACUACCACCAAGGUCAAGGCCGACGAGGCGGUGGCCAACAAGUCUGCGGCGGAGGCUCAGGCGCUCAAGGACGAGUGUGAGGCAGAGCUGGCUGAGGCUAUGCCCGCGUUAGAGGCCGCGUUAGCUGCUCUAGAUACUCUGAAGCCGGCAGACAUCACCAUCGUCAAGUCGAUGAAGAGCCCCCCAGCGGGGGUCAGGCUGGUGAUGGCAGGCGUGUGUGUGAUGAGAGGGAUACCCCCACAGAGGAUACCUGACCCUGAUAACCCGGCCAAGAAGAUCCAGGACUUCUGGGGCCCCAGCAAGAAGCUGCUGAACGACAUGAACUUCCUUGGUGCGCUGCGCGAGUACGACAAGGACAACAUCCCGGAGUCUGUCAUGACCAUCAUCCGCAAGAGUUACCUCACCAACCCAGACUUUGACCCCAAGCUCGUCGCCAAGGCUUCCUCGGCCGCUGAAGGUCAGGGACCGGACAAACAGAUCUCUGCGUCGGAAGAGUUCUCCCUCACCAGCACGCUGGGCGACCCGGUCAAGAUCCAGACGUGGAACAUCGCCGGCCUGCCUCGAGACUCCUUCUCUGUGGACAACGGCGUCAUUGUCGCCAACUCUCGACAGUGGCCACUGAUGAUCGACCCUGACGGUCAGGCCAAUCGCUGGGUCAAGAACAUGGAGCGGGACAACACGCUGUCCGUCAUCAAACUCUCCGACUCGGACUACAUGCGCAUCCUGGAGAACUGCGUGACCUUUGGGAACCCCCUGCUGCUGGAGAACGUGGGGGAGGAGCUGGACCCUUCUCUCGCCCCGCUGCUGCUUAAGCAGACGUUUAAACAAGGUGGCGUGGACAUGAUCAUGAUGGGAGAGAACCCCCUGGAGUACAGCAGCGACUUCCGCUUCUACAUCACCACCAAACUACGCAACCCCCACUACCUGCCUGAGACAUCCACCAAGGUCCUGCUGGUGAACUUCAUGAUCACGCCCGAGGGCCUAGAGGACCAGCUGUUGGGCAUUGUGGUAGCCAAGGAAAAACCUGAACUCGAGGAAGCCCGCCAGAACCUGAUAGUGACGAGCGCGGCCAACCGCAAGCAGCUGAAGGAGAUCGAGGACAAGAUCCUGUUCACCUUGAGCUCCUCCGAGGGCAACAUCUUGGAGGACGAGUCCGCCAUCGAAAUCUUGGACUCCUCGAAGAUUCUGUCCAACGAAAUUUCCAAAAAGCAAAAGGCUGGUGAAGAGACCCAGAAGAAGAUAGACGUGUCUCGGAUGGGGUACCGACCAAUCGCCAACCACUCGUCAGUCCUGUUCUUCUCCAUCACAGAGCUGCCCAACAUAGACCCUAUGUAUCAGUACUCGCUGAGCUGGUUCGUCAACCUCUUCAUCAUGUCCAUACAGGAGAGCAACAAGUCGAAACAACUUUUAUAUAAAAAAAAAAAACUUCUUUUACUGUUGUCUUUUCAAUCAUUCCUUCAUCCUCUUGUUGUUUCCAGAUCCAAGAAGGAAUUAGACAACUCAGACUUCCUCUUCUUCCUGACGGGAGGCAUCGGCCUGGAGAACAAAGUAGCCAACCCGGCGCCUGAUUGGCUGAGCGACGCCUCGUGGGACGAGCUGUGCAGGCUCAGUGACGUCAAAGGUUUUCAAGGUCUCAGAGAGAGCUUCCGGAGCAACGUCCCUCUAUGGCAAGACUACUACAAUUCUAAGGAGCCUCACAACACCGCCCUCCCCCCUCCCUGGGAUCAGAAGCUGUCUCUGUUCUACAAGAUGAUGGUUCAGAGGUGUAUACGACCCGACAAGAUCUCCCAAGCCAUCACCCUUUUUGUGAUCGAGAAGCUAGGCAAGAUGUUCACCCAACCCCCGCCCUUUGACCUGGCCAAAAGCUUCCAGGACUCGAACGCCUGCUCCCCGCUCAUCUUCAUCCUGUCCCCCGGGGCCGACCCCACCAUGGCGCUGCUCAAGUACGCUGACGACAAGGGCUUCGGGGGUCGCAAGUUCAACUCUAUCUCCCUGGGUCAAGGUCAGGGUCCGAUCGCGGCCAAGAUGAUCAAGCAGGCGGCGGAGGACGGAACGUGGGUGCUGCUACAGAACUGCCACCUGGCGGUCUCCUGGAUGAACGCCCUGGAGAAAAUCUGUGAGGAGUUGUCUCCCGACACGGUCGCCGUGGACUUUAGGCUGUGGCUCACCAGCUACCCGUCACCCAAGUUCCCAGUGUCGGUGCUACAGAACAGCGUCAAGAUGACCAAUGAGCCGCCGACAGGACUGCGCAUGAAUCUCCUACAGAGUUACCUGAACGACCCGAUCAGCGACGAGGCUUUCUACAACGGCUGCAUCAACUCGCUCAAGCCCGAGAAAGAUCUGCACUUCACCAAGCUCCUGUUUGGCCUGUGUUUCUUCCACGCCCUGGUCCAAGAGAGGAGAAAGUUCGGUCCCCUGGGCUGGAACAUCGCGUACGGCUUCAACGAGUCCGACCUACGGAUCUCUGUACGACAGCUGCAGAUGUUUGUGAACGAGUAUGACGAGGUCCCGUACGCGGCCAUCACUUACAUGACGGGUGAGUGUAACUACGGGGGUCGAGUCACCGACGACUGGGACAGACGCACUCUGCUCACCAUUCUAGGGGACUUCUUCUGCGAGCCACUGGUGGCCAACCCCAACUACAACUUCAGCCCCAGCGGCUUCUACCACCUGCCUCUGAGGACGGACUACGAGAACGCCGUCAAGUUUAUCAAGCAACUCCCCAUGGCCCAGUACCCCGAGGUAUUCGGCAUGCACGACAACGUGGACAUCUCCCGAGAGCUCCAGGAGACCAAGCUCCUCUUCUCCUCCGUGCUGCUCACUGAGGGCCGCGGGGGAGGGGGCGGGGGCAGCUCAGACUCUGCUCUCGGAGACAUCGCCGCCGACAUCCUGAGUAAAUUACCGGCCAACUUUGACAUCGAGCUGGCCAUCAGCCGGUACCCCGUGGUCUACUCUGAGAGCAUGAACACCGUGCUGGUGCAGGAGAUGGAGAGAUUCAACAGACUUCUGUCCAUCAUCCGGUCAAGCCUCCAGAACUUCCAGAAGGCCAUCAAAGGCCUGGUGGUGAUGUCAGCUGACCUUGAAGCUAUGGCGGGGAGCCUCAUGAUCGGCCAGAAGCCGGCCAUGUGGGCCAAACGCUCCUACCCGUCUCUGAAACCACUCGGCAGCUACAUCAGCGAUUUCCUUGAGAGACUCAAGUUCCUUCAGAAAUGGUUUGAUGAAGGCAAACCUGAAGACUUUUGGGUGUCUGGGUUUUUCUUCACCCAAGCCUUCCUCACUGGAGUGAUGCAAAACUACGCCCGUCGAUACACCAUCCCCAUCGACAAACUGGCUUUUGACUUCCAGCUGCUCGCGCAAGACCGCAUGGAGAAGGCACCAGACGACGGGGCGUAUGUCUACGGACUUUUCCUGGAUGGUGCACGCUGGGAUAGAGAGAAGUGAGUUGUCUCGUUGAGGACGCGCGUUCUCUCUGGUCGAUUUACACUGCGCAUUCUGGGUAGUUGA